GGUGAAAUUUCCACAGGGUAAAAUGGAAGGGAAGAAGAGGAUAAUUAAAAAGGCCAUGUUGGUCCUCACAUUGAGUUCCGAACACAACACCACGCCAUUGAAUAUCCCUAUGACACUCGUCCUGAAAUAUCUAUACUAUCUCUUGGUCCCAUAGUCUUCUAUAAUCUUGCAUUCAUGAAUUAUGAUCUGUCCUUGACAAAUGAAUUCAAGAGACACUGGAAUUAUGGCAACAUGAAAUGAUUUACAUAUGAGACGAGAGAAACGUCUGCACUGACAGCAUUACAAAACAGUUUUUUUUUCGAGCAAGACAAAACGUUUGUUUAUCGGAGAGACAGUACCGAUUCCCACAUAUUAUUGACGAAUCAUCUGCAUUCAAUUCCACAAAUUUAGCCAGCACAUCAUUCCAUUUUCUCAUUGAGAAUAAUUCGAUUAAGGAUUAUUGAUUUAUUGAUGAUGCGCAAGCAACUCUUCAGUGUCAGAUAACCCAAACGGUCAAAAUCCAAACGGAUUAAAUUGUUGAGGGUGGGAGGGAGUGAUUAAAUGGAUUUUUAUGGUUUUUCAUUUAAUGGUGAAUUGCAUAGACAAAAUAUUGGAAUUUUUCGAUGUUGAAGGUGAACUCAAUGAAUAUAUCUGACUCGUAAUGAAACUGAAUCAUAUUUCAUGACGAACUCAAGACGUUUCGAUUCAUUAAUUUUUUGAACAAUGAGAUAAAAAACAUUCAAUUUUUUGAAAAAUUGAACAUUGAAAUAUCGAUAAUUAUUUAAAAUAAUUAUAUAAUCUCAUUACAUUCUAUAAAAUUCAUUUUCCUGGUUUUAAAAUUAAAUUUUGAAACAACUGCGAAUAAGUUUUAUUGGAAAAAUAGUAUUCCGCAAAAAAGGGGAUGAAGUACAGAGUAAAUAAAAGAAAAUUGCUUAUGCAAUGUUGAACCAAUUUCUCCCCUUUGAUCUGCACUUCUUAUUCAACAAUCACUCAGUAUUUACGGUAUUCACGGGAUUCAAUACUGAAAUUGCGCAUUUGCCUGAGUAAGUAAAGCAAAAGUGCUUUUACUUACACGCUCACUGGAGGAUGAGCACUUGGGAUGGGAAAAAGGUACAUAAAAAAACCAUACAAACGAGUGAAUGUUGCGCGGUAUAUAAAGAUGGGAUUGCACCAGGGAUGCUGCAAUACUCGGGUACACUCAGCAAUACAACAUACGCUUCAGGUGUUUGGAUUUCAAUUCCGUGAUUUUUUUUUGCACAGAAAUGAUUGUUUUCCAGGUAAUAGCAGUCUCUGCAUUGAUUUUCGUGACGAUUGAGGCUCAAUUCUAUAGGAGGCCAAGACCAUUCAGUCACAGUAUUCCUUGUGAAGAAAUAGGCCCAUCACAGAGCCACUCUCAGCAAUUGCCAAUCGCCUGUGCAUUUGGAAUUUCAGACAAGAAGUUAGGAAAUGACGAGUUGGAGCCAAUUUAUGUGAGAGUUUCUUCGCCAAUCUCUUACACGCCCCUUCGAAAGACUUCCUCUUUGGUUUAUGUUGCACCGCCGAUUAUUAAAUCCUCGGGAUCUGUUAUUGCGCAUCAUAACAAUCAACAACAACAGGAACACCCCAAAUAUUCUUUCAACUACGGAGUCCUCGAUGGGUACACAGGAGACACGAAAUCCGCGUGGGAGGAGAGGGAUGGUGAUAUCGUGAAGGGAGAGUACUCCGUGGUCGAGGCUGAUGGUUCAAUAAGGACUGUCACUUACACAGCUGAUGAUCUCAAUGGAUUCAACGCGGUAGUAACAAAAACAAGUGCCCCAAAGCAGCCAAUCUCCAUCAAUUCCAUUAAGCAGUUUCUUCCCCUGGCCAGGGGUGAAGUGCACAAUAUAAAAGUACAAAAAUAACCGACUAAUCAUCAAAAUUCUAUAGUUAAGUCAUAAAACAAGUUCAAUUCACUUAUCUCCAGCCUCAUUGUGAUAGAUAUCUUGAAAACUGGAAGCAAUAAAAAAAUUGAUUUGUUCCUACAAACAAUGUUACCAUGAAAAUUCCGCUAUUUCAUGUAAUUUUUGGGGUAUUCAUCACGAAGUUGAGGAUAAGCUGACUUACCUCGUUUCACUAUUUCACUACAAAACUCCAUCCAAAUGAUUGUCAUUGGGAAUUUGUUCAUGAUGGAGUCAAAGACUGCGAUGGGUAACCAAUAAAAACAUUGGAACAUUGCUUUUGUUACUUUAUGGUCAACAUAUUAUUGCUGAUUAAUCAAUAAUAGAUUUCUUCCUUCGGGAAAUUUAGGGAAAUUUUGUUUCUUUUGACCACUGAAUGCAGAAUGUUCAUCAGAAUGUAUUAUAUAAGUUGUUACAAAUAUUGUAAGCCCUUCAAAAACUCAUCAGAAUAAAUUUUCCCCAUAGUGUCGACAGACUCAA